AUGUACAUCGUAAAAAUUCCCCUAAGAGAAUCGCCUGCAACCCUCGGCGAAUCAUACAACGUGGCCCAUCAAUGCCUACUACACCUACAAAGACGGCUCAUGAGAGACGGCAACUAUCGAAAAUUAUACAAUAAAUUCAUGACAGAGUAUGAUAAAAUGAAUCAUAUGCGAAGGCUACCUGAAAACUACCCGUCCAACAACAAAACGUACUAUCUGCCGUAUCAUGGUGUAUUAAAUCCAGGCAGCUCUACUACCAAACUACGAGUGGUAUUUAAUGGGUCAAGCCCUUCAUCAGCAGGACUAUCGCUAAAUGAUAUAAUGCACAGGGGAGCCAACCUAAAUCCAGACAUUAUAGAUGUACCGAUCUGGAUACGAAAACACCGGUAUUUAUUUUCCACAGACAUCACAAAGAUGUACAGACAAAUAUUGGUCCACCAAGACGAUUGGGACCUACAGCGAAUUCUGUGGAUGGACGAACAGGGCAACGAAGUAAUAUACCAAUUAACAACAGUCACAUAUGGGACCAGAGCGCCCCCAUUCUUAGCUGUACAAACACUCCUCCAACUUAUACAGGACGAAGGAGACAACUACCCACUCGCAAUACCUUCUCUUAAAUACGGAAGAUACGUAGAUGAUAUCUUUGGAGGUGCGGACAAUCUAAGCCAGCUAGUGGAAACAGCGACACAGUUAAGGGACCUCUGCAUGGCAGGCGGAUUCUUAUUGGCAAAAUGGCACUCCACGAACGAAGAAGUAAUCACCGCCAUUAAGGCACAACUGAAUCCUGAAUAG